AUGCGCGUGGUGUACCUUGUCUCGGCCGUCAGCACCUUUGCCCUGGGACGUGCAGAUUCGCUGAUCAACGGCGGCCAAGCAAUUGCUACUCACGGCAUUUCAAGCACUGAUUCCCGCCUUCAAGAGAUUGUGGCACACUCUGCCGCGUCGAGGCUUCUUCAAUCGAAUGACUCUGUGACUGGAGUAGCCCUCAAGGAGGAAGACAGCGAAUCGCGGGUGAUUAUACCUAUACCGUCUUUGCUAGUUCCUGACGCAUGGGUGACAAGAGAGGCAGAGGUGUGGCGAAAGGCUCGUCUUAGCUCCGACAAAGUCUUCGACCUUGCUAAUGUCCAAGGCAUACUCGGCAACGGCCUAGCCGCUGAUCAACGAUCCCUCAUAAUCUGGCUGGAGCACGUUAAGUGGCUCAGAGAAGAGGCCGAAGCAAAGCACGAGAGCGCUGUCAACAAGUUACUGAAACACAUGUCACGGACGAGGGUGGUGAAAAAAUUGGUAGAGUUGCUGGAUCACGCGACCAUCAGAAACAAUGUUAGGGCAAUGCUGAGGAUUGCAGCCGGCAGACUUCCUACCGAGUCGAUGGUGAUCCCUAAGAAGAUGCUCGAGAUGAAGAUGGCCCCUCAAGAAGCGUUGGAUGCCCUCGACCUAGCUCGCGCCGGUGCGCUUCGUGAUCACCCUUUUUUCGCGAUCCAGUGGGUCAAGUACACGAUCCUGCUACGGACAACGAGAUUGGCACAGCUUAAGAGAGAGAAGGCUUUCUCUGUUCCUCUGUUUGGCAAAAACUUCAACCUUCCGUUUACAAAAGCGAAUGGAGAGACGAUGGUUCUUUCCAUCGAGAAGGCGUCUGCGCUUUUGUUUAAAAACAAAGAGCCAGAAGAAGUGAACAUCUUCAUUAAUUUGUGCAAGAAAGCCUUUUCCAAGGAGGAAAUACCGCCGAUCGUAAAAGUACCUGACACGACACCGCAUUCGGAUGUCCUAGAAGAGUAG